AUGAGCUUCUUCGGCGGCCCCUCGUCCCACCGCUCCACCUCUUCACGAUCGCAUUACAAGACCAGCAACAGUAGACCUACAUUCUCACGCGCGCCAUCUUCCACAGCGUCUUUCUUCUCACGCAACGGAGGCUCUUCAUCUUACUACAAACGACGGCCCCGCGAUGGCUACAUCCAAAGCCUAAUCCACAAACUCAAGCGCCUGAUACGCGAUCUCUGGGAGUAUGCGCAACGACACCCUUUCAAAGCUUUCAUGGCUGUGGUUGUGCCGUUGAUCAGUGCAGGAGGCGCGUUACAUGAGUUGCUCAAGCAGUUUGGUGUUAAGAUGCCUAUCUUGUUUGACAGUGGUGCGGGAAGAGGUGGCUAUUAUGGGAGUAGUGGCUAUGGUGGCUAUGAGUCUGGAAGUGUGUUUGGAGGUAGUGGNGGUGCUAUGGACACUGUGGGCAGUUUGAUGAAAGUUGCGAGGGCUUUUAUGUGA